AAAGGACUGAUGCAGUAGAAGUGAGAUCACCCUGCCUGCUCCAUCUCUAUCCCACCAAAGCCCCUCAGUGCUCACCCUGCCGGUUUUGGUGUCCCCGUCCCUUUUCCCCAAGUUCUUUGCUGAAACCAGAUGUCAGUGGAGCACACUGGCCACCAGGGGGAGCCCUGUGGCAAGAGUGGGAGAGGAGGGGUGGAGGUUGGGCCGGUCUGUUCCUGGAAUGGGCAGGAGGAGGAGCAAGCGGAAGGGGACAACUGUGUGUCGCUGGCCGGAAAUGAGACAGAGACAGACCAGCUCCUCUGGUGGCUAAUUUGGGCACCCUGGGACUGUGGUUGCAGCAGGACAUGGCAGACUUUGCACAGGCCCAGAAGCUGGUAUACCUGGUCACAGGUGGCUGUGGCUUCCUGGGGGAGCAUGUGGUUCGAAUGCUGCUGCAGCGGGAACCCCGGCUCCGUGAGCUGCGAAUCUUUGACCUGCACCUGGGUUCCUGGCUGGAGGAGCUGAAGACAGGCACAGUGCAAGUGACUGCUAUCCAGGGGGAUGUGACCCAGGCUGACGAGGUGGCAGCGGCUAUGGCUGGAGCCCAUGUGGUCAUCCACACAGCUGGGCUGGUAGACGUGUUUGGGAGGGCCAGUCCCGAGACCAUCCAUGAGGUCAACGUGCAGGGCACGCAGAAUGUGAUUGAGGCUUGUGUGCAGACUGGAACACAGUUCCUGGUCUACACGAGCAGCAUGGAAGUUGUGGGGCCCAACAUCAAAGGCCACCCCUUCUACAGGGGCAAUGAGGACACCCCAUAUGAAGCAGUACACAGACACCCCUAUCCUUGCAGCAAGGCCCUAGCUGAGCAGCUGGUCCUGGAAGCCAAUGGAAGGGAGGUCCAUGGGGGGCUGCCCUUGGUGACAUGUGCUCUGCGUCCCACUGGCAUCUAUGGUGAAGGCCACCAGAUCAUGAGGGACAUCUACCACCAGGGCCUGCGCCUAGGAGGCCGGCUCUUCCGGGCUAUCCCAGCCUCUGUGGAGCAUGGACGGGUCUAUGUAGGUAACGUGGCCUGGAUGCACGUGCUGGUGGCCCGGGAGCUGGAGCAGCGAGCAGCUCUAAUGGGUGGCCAGGUGUACUUCUGCUAUGACAAAUCACCCUAUAAGAGCUAUGAGGACUUCAACAUGGAGUUCCUGGGCCCCUGUGGACUGCGGCUGGUGGGCACCCGCCCACUGUUGCCCUACUGGCUACUGAUGCUUCUAGCUGUGCUCAACGCCCUGCUGCAGUGGCUGCUGCGGCCGCUGCUGCUCUACGCGCCUUUGCUCAACCCCUACACGCUGGCCAUGGCCAACACCACCUUCACUGUCAGCACCAACAAGGCUCAGCGCCACUUUGGCUACGAGCCCCUCUUUUCAUGGGAGGAGAGCCGGACCCGCACGAUCCUCUGGAUGCAGGCCAAGGACAGUGUGGCCCAGUGAUGGUGGAGCUGGGGCCUGGAGCCCAGCACAAAACAUCCGUCCAGGUCAGAGCCCACAAACCCUGGCUAAGGAAGGAAGGCUGCACUCUAGAGCUAGUGUCCGGUGCCAGUGUUCUGGCUGUCUUAGAGGUCUCCACGUGUUAAAUCUAUGAGCUUUAAACCUGUGUCCUGAUGCCUCUGAGUUCCAGGGAAAGAACUUCUUCACUCUCAAGCCAGGCCUGAUGGCUGGUUGGCAAGGGUCUGAUUUCCCCAAUGUUCUCAACUGCCAUCCCAUUAUUGGCUUUUCGAGCCGGAAGUGGGUACAAGUUCCACAGGCCUCACACUUGCCUUCUGGUGUCCAGGCAUGAGCCUCAGGCCUGGAUUCUGAGUGAAGAGGCUUUCUGACUCUUCCUACCACCUUCAUCCCUCCUUGGAGGCCAUACUCCCAUUAUUUUAAAACAUCACCUUUAGAUGUCUAUCUUUUAAGCCUCCUCAAUUUUCACUAAGGAAAUCUGUAUAUUUUCACUUCUUCCCACCCUGUACCCAAAUUUAGUUCCUGCAAUAUUGUGAGCUCUCUGCCCGAGGAUUCCCAAUAAUUCUGUACCUGCCCAAGCCUUGUAUUAAAACUCCUUAUCUA